GUGGCCGAGUGACUAUUGGUGAACAUUGCGGUCCACGCUCACCGAGUGAUCUCAGGAUCUCGAGGCGUACAUAUAGCGGCUUGUAGCACUUGUGUAGGGUUGCGAGGGUUUGGGGAUGGCUUGAGUAAGACACGUGACCAUAGGACGACAAGCACAGAUAGAAACGGGACGCUGUUACCCAUUGCUUGAGCGAAGGGCCAGACAGAAAAGAGCAUGGCUACUCCAUUGCCACAGAAGAUCGACGUGCACUGUCAUUACCUAACCCCGGCAUACCGACAAGCAUGCAUUGAGAACGGCCAUGCCAAUCCGGACGGCAUGCCAUAUUUGCCGGAAUGGAGUGUAGACGACCAUCUCAAGCUUAUGAACGACCUGGGCAUAUCGAAGUCGAUUAUCUCCGUCUCAAGUCCUGGUACGCAUCUGGUAGCCGGGAACGGUGAGCUCGCGGCAAAAGUAGCCCGUGAGGUCAAUUCGUAUGCUGCAGACCUGAAGAAGAAAAUGCCUGAUCGGUUUGGCUACUGGGCUAGUUUGCCCAUGCCAGACAUUGACGUCUGCCUUGAAGAGAUCGCUCAAGCGACCGAAGAGGGCUGCGAUGGCUUCGUACUCGAGAGCAACAGUCACGGCGAGUAUUUGGGAAACGAGUCUCUCAACCCUAUAUUCGACGAGUUGAACAGGCGACGGGCAACUAUCUUCAUACACCCCACAACGCCAAUAUGCCCAUGUUCACCGAAAGCUCGAGCUCAAGGCCAGCAACCCGUGAAAGCCGCACCCUUUGCAGGUAAAUAUCCAAACCCCAUGCUCGAGUUUAUGUUUGACACUGCGAGAGCGGUGACGAAUCUCUUUUUGAGUGGUACGAUUAGGCGCUGUCCUAAUAUCAGGAUCAUCUUGCCUCAUCUUGGUGGCGCUAUGCCACCUUUGCUCUCGAGGUGGUCGGCUUAUAGUACUUUCGUGCCUGUUCCGUGGGAGGACAUCACGGAGGAAGAGGUGCGGGAAGCCUUUAAGACGCAGAUAUGGUUCGAUCUGGCUGGAUUUCCGUUUCCGGGUCAAAUUGUAGGGUUGAUGCAGGGUUGUGGCGUACCGCAUUCACGGCUUAUGUACGGUUCGGACUGGCCUUUCACGAGGAGACCGGGUGUGGACAGGCUGGCUGUCAUGCUGGAUGACGGCGUCAAGGGUAUGUUCAACACUGAUGAAAUCGAAGACAUCUACCACCGCAACGCAGAAAAGUUGCUUGGCUCCACGAAGCCGUAGCCGUGCUGUCGCCAUCACAAGGGCCAGAAAGGAACGACUCGCACGAGCUAGCUUGUACCCUGGUCACAGCGACUCAAAUGCUCAAGCCAGCCGUCUACGGCAAUGUAGCUAGCUGGCCGUAUGCCAUUGUCCAGGGUCGGUCCCGCGAGCAAUACCGCUCGUACCGAAGGGCGA